ACAAAACAAUGACCGAAGCGCCGAAAUGCCUGCGAGUUCAGGUGGCCCGAGUCUCAUUGAUAUUUUGUGGGGUUUUCUCGCUGCUUGCUUCCUUGUCGCUUUUUAUGCUCACAAAAUCUCAGUUCGAUCGCCGGCCGAGACGUCGCGUGUCUACGUGUUGUUCCAGGACCUUAUUCGAUACGGAAAAACCAAACAAACCCUCAGACGAGCUGACUGGCUUCGAGCGUUUGACGUCCCAAAAAGGUGGUUCUGGCACUUUUAUGCCAUCUCUGUUACCUGGAAUAUCUUUCUUCUGGCCGUGUACCUGAACGCCACAUAUCAGCAGCAGUCCUUCCCAUCAUGGUUGACCAGGGUAUUGGAUGUUUUGACAGGGAUGCCAGGCUCUGCCAGUCAAGUCCCCCAGCUGUCCACCGUCCUGGUGCAGAUGCUGCUCUGUGCACACUCCCUCAGGAGGCUGCUGGAGUGCCUGUUCGUGAGCGUUUUCUCUGAUGGAGUCAUCCAUUUAGCACAGUAUGGAUUCGGCCUCGGUUAUUACAUCAUACUGGGGUUGACGGUGCUCUGCUCGGACCGUAUGUCAAAAGAAACUGGGACCUUACUUGCUCAGCUGGACUGGUUAUAUUUAACUGGAUUUGCACUUUUCAUCUGGGCAUCACUACUGCAGCAUCAGUCCCUGGUCCUGCUCGCCGGACUCCGCACUGGAAAGUCAGGUAAAGUGGAGACACUGGCUCACAAAGUGCCCACGGGGGGCUGGUUCGAACUGGUUUCAUGCCCACAUUACUUUGCCGAGCUGCUAAUCUAUGUCUCACUGAGCUUGUUAUUCCGUGGCCUCUCUUUGACCUGGUGGCUGGUGGUGCUUUACGUGUUCUUCAACCAGGCGCUGGCAGGGCAGCUUUGUCAUGAAUUAUACAUUAACAAAUACGAGUCGUACCCAAAGGACAGAAAAGCAUUCAUACCGUUUGUGCUCUGAAUGCUAUGACCUGGGAGUCUCUUUGUGGUCAUCACUGACAGCAGGUGAUCGAGAAGAUGGAUGGACACUUUCUGAGGACUUAUUCUCAUCUCAACCAAACGCUGCUGCUCAACAACAAUUGACCACAAUGGAUUUUUGAGUGUGAACUCUGUUUCAGCUCUGCUGGUUAGAUGUGGACCGUUUCACUGUGACUAACAUGUGAAGACAUAAUGAAGAAUGCCACUUGAAUUCACCUUUUGGUUGUAGCAAAGCCAAUGUGUUUUUACUGAUUUGCUAUUUAAUGUUUGACCAACAUAAAAAAUCUACAUAGUAUCUCACUAAUGUGUUAUUUUCUGUGUUGAAUUUGGCAUUGUA